AUGGCAACUACCCGCCACCAUCGCGACCGAGCACCGGGCUCUUUGAUCGGCGAGCGCACUCCUCUGCUUCCGCCUCCAGGUGGCUGGCCUGCGGACGCAAACAGCAAUGGUUUGCGGGAAUACAUGCGUGCUACGGCCCUCGCAAAUGCUCGACGGCCGUCUAACAACCGAUUCCUACCCAAAUAUCCCAUUCGCAUGAUUGCUAGAGCCAUCCCCAUUCCAGUGUGGGGUAUGACUUUUCUCGCCAUUCUCAUAAACGUCAUUGUCUGGGCAGUCGUCGGAGCCAUUGUGUACUUUCACCCAAAGCUCUAUCCUUCGGUCGCUUUGUCCUGGAUCCUCGGCCUUCGUCAUGCCCUCGAUGCCCCCAAUGUCUCGCUCAUCCACCUGCUUACUCGACGCCUGAUCGCCAAUGGCCAGCGUCCUUGCACUAUCGGAUUUUGGUUCUCACUCGGCUACUCUACCAUGGUCAUCAUCACCUGCAUUGUGGUGGCGGCUACCGGCGGCGCUUUUGUCAAGCAUUUCGGCAACAUCUCCCAGAUUGGCAGCGUCAUUGGUACAAGCAUCUCGACAGCUUACCUGGCUGCUCUCUGUGGAACCAACAUCUGGGUCCUCUAUCAAGUCUGCUACAAACUCAAGGCCGAGGUGGAAGGCCGCGUCAGGCGUCCUCCCUUUGACAUUUGUAUCCCUCGAGACAUUAUCGAGGCCACCGGAGAUGGCGCAAUCCUAGAGGAACUCGUUGACGAAGAGGCGUAUCCCACGGUGUUUGAGGAUGAAGAGAACGAGCCCGAAGCCCAGCUGCUCAUCGCCAGCCAACGACUCAAUUAUUUCGAGCGUCUUGACAAGCGCUGGAAGUUGACGGAGAGCUUUCUCAAGGUAUCCGGCAAACUCUACAAGAUGAUCGAUAGACCCUGGAAGAUGUUCCCCACCGGUAUGUUCUUUGGCCUCAGCUUUGGUGCAAGUGCCAAGAUUGCUCUCUUGGGCUUGACCAGCAUUCAGGUCGCUCGAGCCAACAUCUGGUUGAUUAUGGUCUACCCCGUUGUUUUCACUGUUGGCAUGUGCCUUGUCGAUUCUGUCGAAAGCGGUGUCUUCAUGACCCUCCAUACGACCCGGGCUUUCGAGCGGAAUGUCACAUCCAUUCUCAACUACUCUAUUGUUAUCACUUCGGUGACAGUCUUUGCAUCUUCGUUUGUCUGCACCUUUGAGUGUCUUGUUCUUGCAAGGGCCAUAUUCAAGCCCCAGCCAGGAAACGCCUUCUGGGAUGGAGUCACCGCUAUUGAAGAAAACUCUGCCGUCCUUGGCGGUGGAAUCUGCGCCCUGAUCAUAUUCAUAGGCGUCUUGACCAUAUUUUUCUACCGGUCGUGGGGGGUAUAUCAGACAAACAGGGCUAGACUUCACGCAAGGUGGGCCGACUGGACAGCCCGCCGUCAAGUUCCCCAGAACCCGCCCCCUGGCACCAACCAGAACCCUCCUUUGUCUGUCAACCCUCCCUCGCCUCCAGCCUCGCCCUUGCCUACUCUCCCCGAGUAUCUGCCUCCACCUGACGCGGAGCCAGUCGACGAUCAGACUCACUGGUUUUUGAAGCCUCUGAAGUUUCGGCUAACGAUGUGGCAACAUCGUUACCAGAGAUCCCGAAUCCCGCCGUCCCCUCUCGACGCCGCCUCGAACGAGGAACUUUAUAACCGUUCAAACACACAGCGGAUGAACAACUUGACGGCCGAGGAUUUUGUCGAGGACGAGCGGUUGAGGGCGUGGGCAAAGUACAAGGGCUGGCGCAUCAUUAAAGAGUAUGAGAGAAGGAGCAGGGAGUACGACGAGUACAGGCUGGCUCACAACAUCAAUUGA